GAUAAACAAGAUACCAUCUCAGAAAUGUGGAAGCUUAAGGUUGCCGAAGGCCAUGGACCGUGGUUGUUUAGCACCAACAACUUUCUUGGUAGACAAAUAUGGGAGUUUGACCCUGACCUCGGCACCCCAGAAGAACGAGCACAAGUUGAAAAAGCUAGAACGGAUUACCAGAAAAAUCGAUUUCAAGCAAAGCCCUCUGGCGACAUCCUUAAGCAAAUGCAGCUUAUCAAAGAAAACCAGGCAGAUCUAAGCUUGCCAAACAUACGGUUUGAGAGAAUAGAAGGAAUCACCAGUGAAAUGGUUACAAGUGCUUUAAGGAAAGCCGUGAGAUUCACCUCAGCUGUCCAAGCACAAGAUGGACACUGGCCUGCUGAAAUGUCUGGGCCAUUGUUUUACCUGCCUCCUCUGACCAUGCUCCUGUACACUAGCGGAACCAUGAAUGUGGUUCUAUCAGCAGAGCACAAGAAGGAGAUUAUGCGCUAUAUUUACAAUCACCAGAAUGAAGAUGGAGGAUGGGGAUUUCACAUAGAAGAUCACAGCACCAUGUUUGGGACAGCAAAUAACUAUGUCGCUCUUCGUUUGCUUGGCGAAAACGUCGAUGGCCCGAAUGGUAAUGCUCUUUCAAAAGCCCAGAAUUGGAUAUUAAAUCACGGAGGCUUAACAAUGAUACCAUCCUGGGGAAAGAUGGGUCUCUCGCUGAUCGGACUGUACGACUGGUCAGGCUGCAAUCCCAUUCCUCCAGAGUUAUUUCUUUUACCUUCCUGUCUGCCAAUACACCCAGGAAAUUUGUGGUGCUAUUUACGGGAAACAUAUAUGCCCCUUGCAUAUUUGUAUGGGAGGAAAUAUGUUGGGCCAAUCACCGAUCUGAUACUGUCACUGAGAAAUGAGCUCUACAAUGAACCUUAUGAUACAAUCAAUUGGAAUGCAACACGACAUUCGUGCCUAAAGGACGAUCUCACCAGCCCUCAACCUUUUAUGCAAGAUACAGUUUGGGACAUCCUCCAUCACGUUGGAGAGCCAGUUUUAAAGCUCUGGCCCUUCUCCAAGCUAAGAGAAAAUGCUUUGCGAAAACUAAUGGCACACAUUCAUUAUGAAGAUGAAAACAGUCGAUAUGUUAACAUAGCAUGUGUACAGAAGGUAAAUCCAGAAACCUUGGCCCUUAUCUCACCAUUAGAAUCGAUGUGCUUCAUUUACAUUUUCCAAUAUGAGAACUUCUGGGCUUAUAUUUCAAGAUAUUAUUGUUACCAGGAAUACACAAAUUUUGAUGGUGAAACAUCUCAUUUGGUACAAACAUCAUGGGCUCUGAUGGCACUUAUACAUGCUGGACAGGCAAAGAGAGAUCCGAUACCUUUGCAUAAAGCUGCAAUGCUACUAGUCAAUUCACAGAUGGAUGACGGAUCUUUUCCUCAGCAGGAAAUGACCGGAGCAUCCAUGGGAAAUUGCAUAUUACACUAUGCUGCACAUAGGAAUAUUUUUCCAUUAUGGGCACUGGCAGAAUAUCGAAAAAAUGUUGUACCCUAUCUAGCUUGAUGACUUUUAAUUGGUU